AAGAGAGAUGGGGAGAGAGAGAGAGAGAGGGGGAUAGGAUAUAGGAAUCGGUUUACUAGGCUUUUGGCAUUUUGCGCUUUUGUCCAACCCUCCUCCCCUGAGUGAGAAAAAGCAAGAGAGCAAGCAAGAACAGUGACAACAAGUACUUGUUAUAAGAACAGAAAGAGCCACUCAAAAACCCCCACCUCCCUCCCUCCCUCUCUCAAACACCCCCCCCAUAUGCUUGUUUCAAUUCCUCAGUCAAAUCAUAGGAACAUGGACAACCAACGCAGUCCUCUUCUUAGCUGGGGGGCUUACUACUUCCAAGGAAAGAGUAUGGAUGAGCUGAGAAGUUCCCUUCUGUACACUUCUUUGGAGCUUGAGCAAACGAGAUUGGCGGUUCAAGAGGAGCUUAGGAAGAGGGAUGAUCAAGUACUUAAUCUCAAAGAUCUGCUUAGCAAAGCCAUGAGAGAAAGAGAUGAAGCGCAAGAGAAAUGUCAAAGGCUCCUCCUUGAGAAGAUCCUACUUCAACAACAACAACAGCAGCAGCAGCAGCAAACGGGUCCUCUUUCAGGAAUUUCCAGCAUUGAAGAUGAACCCAGAAGAGGAAUUGACUCCAACAAUGGCUUCUCAUCGUCAGAUUGUGAGGAGAGCAUUGUUUCAUCUCCGAUUGUUGAGCCCAUUCCAACACCCCAAUUGCCUCCUCCACCGCCAGAGCUAGUCCCUGAGAAGCCAUUGCCUGAAAAAGGUAAGCUUUUGCAGGCAGUGAUGCAAGCCGGUCCACUUCUCCAGACUCUCCUUCUGGCCGGACCACUUCCCCAGUGGAGACAUCCACCACCACCACUCGAAUCCUUUGAGAUUCCACCUGUCACCAUUCCUUCACCACCACCACCACCACCACAACUACUCCGGCAAGACAUUAUUGGUUGCAGCACCCCCAUCAACUGUGGCAUCAAUAGAAAAAGGGUUCUUUGUGAAGGCUCUGAUUCUCCUACAGAGACCAAAUACCAAAGGCUUGUUCUCCAAUGACUUACCAUUUCAGAGUACUCCCCAUAUUUUCAUUAUGCUUGGAAUUUAAUACUAGUAUAGGCUAGCAGUUGUACAGAGGGUUGUUCUAGAAAAGAAGCCAUCCCAAGUUUUUUAACUCAUUGGAGAAGAAAAAGAGCUUGCUCUAGGGCCUAGGCUGCUUUCUGCCCGUUUUGGGUGGGGAGAUUUUUCUCUCUUUUUUCUUCAAAAUUUUUAGUUUUGCCCAUGAUUUGAUGGGGUUUGAUUUCUCUGAAACUGUUGUGUGAUGUAAACUGUUAACUUUGGUAGUAGCUCAUUGUGUGUGGGCGUAUGCGUAUGUGUGUGACUGCAGAAGAGAAAGGAAUUACAUCAAACAUUAAGAUGAUGGGUGUGGAGUUGUUAGGGUAGGGAGGGUUGGGAUUGGUGUGGCCAACAACCAAGAAGGUCUUUGGAGCCCUGCUUGUCGGGAUCAGUGGAUCCCACAAAUCAGAAUCAAGAUCUACUACUGUUGUGAUGUAUGAUUAUAUUAAUGGAAGUAUUGAUUAUUCAU